UCUCUUCUGCUGCAAACAAUAAGACGAUGAAUUUCUCAGCUACGCCGACGAAGAAAUGGUUUCUUGAUUGGCAGUUUGAAAAUUAUGAUAAAGAGUACCUGGUAGGUGCAGUGAUACCGAAGAAGCAGCAGCAGGCGAGUCUCCUGCAGAAUUGUGAUCUUCCGCCGCCAGUCAAGUACUUCUCGCCGACUGAGUUUGCGGAUAAGCAGUUGAAGGAAAGAACCCUGCCCGACAAGAUGCCUGAUAAGAACUGCAAGGACAAUCAGUCUGAGGAGAACGAAAACACGGGCUUGCUACGAGCUCUGCAAUUAUCACAAACACGAGCAAGAGAAGCAGAGAAAAAAGCAUCAACGGAAAGCACGAGAAACAAAGAGAUGACAGACAUGAUCUUCAAGGAGUCCAUGAAGCUCUAUGCUCAUAGACAGUGGGUGAAGUUGCUUGACAUUGAGAUCUCAAUGCUAAACAAGAGGUCACAUACAAGUAAUGAAAUUCCAGUGGAAGCAGACAUACCUCUGACAGCUUGGUGCUUGACUUUAGCCCUGUGCAUCGGCAUUGCUGGAGUUGGCUUCGCAUUUGGCUGCUGCCUGUUUUGAUUCAUACCUUUGUACAGAAAUGAAAGAUUAUGUUAGAAAGAAGAUGCAAGUUUGAAUUAUUUUUGAGAAUAUAUAAAUCUGUAUAGAUGAUGAUCAGGUUAUAAUGUCAAUUCAUGCCUCCUCAGAAGUUA